UUACUUUCCUUUCUUCUCGCCCCCCACACACAGGUUGCUGCUGAACGUCAGGUAUCCUUCGACAACGGCAUCGACGGUUCUGUAGCCGAGGAUUGCUUUUUUGCGAUGCGUGCCUUUGCACAAGGCUACACUUUCAAUUUCAUCGAAGGUGAAAUGUACGAAAAAUCACCAUUUACGCUACUCGAUUUCCUCCAACAACGCAAACGCUGGCUCCAAGGCAUACUACUCGUGGUACAUUCAAAAAUCAUACCACUAAAACAUAAACUCUUGCUUGGCAUCAGCGUCUACUCGUGGGUCACUAUGCCAUUAUCCACUUCGAAUAUUAUUUUUGCCGGCCUCUAUCCAAUACCAUGCCCGAAUUUAGUUGAUUUCGUUUGUGCUUUUAUUGCUGCCAUCAACAUUUAUAUGUAUGUAUUCGGUGUGAUAAAAUCAUUUUCGCUAUACCGUUUUGGGCUGUUAAAAUUUAUGGCUUGUGUGCUGGGCGCCAUUUGCACCAUACCCGUGAAUGUGGUUAUCGAGAAUAUUGCCGUCAUUUGGGGUUUAUUCGGCAAGAAGCAUAAAUUCUAUGUGGUACAAAAAGAUGUGAGAGCAAUGGAAACAGUUUGAGCGCGGAGAGUAGGGGAGAAGGAUCGUCACAUGUUUUCAGCACAUAUUUUGGUUAUCGCGACCAUAUGAUAUGAUGACCAUACAACAAACGUGCAGAAUGUGUUCUCCAGGGAGAAUCGACUACAACAACUACCAAACAAUCAACACUUCUGGUGCGAUACUCAGCCUAUACAAAUUUUGCUCUACGCCAUUGGCGCCGACAUCCGAUUAGCUGUUGUUGUCAUUUGUCGUCGCCUGAACACAUCCAUUGUAGUUGCUAUUGCCACAGCCACCUAAACAUUCUCCUGCGCACUUUUCACUUUUUGGUCAUAUCCUAAUUAAUACUUAACAAAUAAAAAAUCACGCAAAUACGCGCCAACACUCACACCUGCCACACCAUCAACAACCACACACCAACACUUCGUAUACCAUUACGCAAAGAGCACAAACCCAUUUACGAAAUUAGUUCACUCACACUUGUAGCAUAAAAAUCGUUGUAUUUUAUAUUAUAUAAUUACAAUUAGGUCAAAAUAUUUUUUAUUAUAUUAUUAUUGUAUGUUAUACAAAGAAGAAGAUUGCAUAAGUUGUGUGUAUAGUCAACUAAAAAUAAUGUUGAUUAGAGAGUUAAUUUUGUUGAACAAUUCUAUCAGGCGCUAGGUAUUUACGUACAUACAUAUGUACAAUAUAGAAAUUUGUAGCAAAUAUUUGUAAAGGUAUACAUAUAUGUAGCACUCAAUAAUGUAACCAUAUUUGAGCGAGUAAGCGAGAAAUAGGCAUACUCGGACUACAUACACAUUUGUAGUGUAAAUUCCAAUUAUUCCCUAUAAUGUACAGGCAGGCCGCUUUAGUUGGAAAACUUUGUACUCUGAAUGGUUUCGGCAAAAUGUGUCUGAUCCAAAGGACAUCUAUCUACUUCACACACAUUUCCCUACAUCUUAACCGUUUUAUACAUACAUAUUUUUGUACAAUAUUGAGUUUUAUUCGCUCUUGGAGUUAUUUUCUUUUGUAAUUUUUUUAUUCUCUGCAGGUAUUUAUUGUUUAAGUAAAACAUAAUAGUUGAAAAAAAAAACUUUAUAAAAAAGCCGUAAACACUUAAUUAAAGAAAACAAACAUCCCACGGCAGUGGGGUCUACGUAACCGAAACUUAUAUAUUGCCAAGGACUGUAGCUCUAGCAUCGUUCCUCAAAAACUCUUUGUGGAAUUUGUGUGCUGCUACAACAAGAACAACAUCCCAAUUGUUGCAAAAAUAGAAAAUGUAACUAAAAA